AUGAAGCGCAAAGCCAGCUGGGCGCCCACAAGUGCUUCAGGGAAGCGCGCGCAUGUGCAUGCUGGUGUGGGGGAGGAUGCCGACGGUGAUCUAGGCUUGGAAGAGCAGGCCGCCCGCCAAGCCAAAACACGCCGUGGACGUGUCAUGACAGAAGGCUACGACUCUGAAGACUCAGAUGAGGAGCCUAGCACGUCGCACCGCCAGCAAUGGAAAGAAGGCGAGAAGAAAGAUGACGAAGACGAUGAUAUGUUUGGUGAUUCCGAGCCCACGGAGACAGAGGCCACGUCGUCCAAAGAACCACGCUUCCUCAAGCUCUCAGAAAUUGACGGCCAGGAAUUUGGUGCGCGGACACAGAUGGACGACGAUGAGGAUGACGAAAUCGAUCAUGAAGAGGACCCUGAAUACGAAUUUGAGCAGUCUUUGAAGAGUACACAGUUCCGGGAUGCCAAUGCCGAGGCAGAGCGGACGCCGCCAGGAUCGCCUGGGGACGGCGCGUCCAGUGUUAACAAGCGUGGUAUGGGGUACCGUAUUGAGAAGUUCAACAUGAAGGCGGAGAUGGCAAGUGGCCAGUUCGAUGAGGAUGGCAACUAUAUUCGUAACGCUCGCGAUCAGUUCUCGCAGAACGACCGCUGGCUGGAGGGUCAGUACAAUAAGAAAACGAUCAAGGCCGCGAGCGAGGCGCAGCGACGACGCGAGCAGGCAGAGCAGGCCCGGCAGCAACAAGAAGAAUCCGAAUUCCCUACGAUGGAGCAUGCUAUGAAGUCGCUUGCUUUGCAUAUGCAGCCAGGCGAGACCGUAUUGGACACGUUGCAGCGCUUGGGCAAAGAAGCUACGAACGCUAAAAAGACGGGCGCCCAUGGUCAGGAGGCCCAAGCUUCGUUUGAUCAGUUUACACACAUCAGCAGUGUGCUUAUGUCGUCGUUUGGUCAGAUGAAUAUCUACGAUGAAGUGUACGAAGGCCUCGUACGUAUGGUACGCCGUGCCAAGAUCGUGCCGGACGAGUGGGAUCCAGCGAGGCCACGAGUAGACGAGUCGGAUACCGAGGAGUUGCCUGCACCAAUACCACAGGAGCAGUGGGAAUACAAAUGGACGCCUUCCUACUUGGCCCAGGCGGCCAAGGCGCAAGGCACGAGCGUGGAUCCAGAGACCAAGGUGUUUGGCCCUUUUUCCCAGGCAGAUCUCUGCGCAUGGGCGGACCAGGGGUACUUUGGCGCACAGAAAGAGAACAUUGCUGUACGCCGCGUCACUUCAGAGGGGCCCGCGUCAUGGACGGCAUGGCGCGACGCCGGCUUGCCGUAG